AUGCAUGAGUGGAAAUACGUCUCUGUGGCUCCGGGCAUCAUCCUGUUUUGUUGGGUACUGACUGUCAGUAGCCAUGAUGAGACGAGCUCUGUGCUGGCGCAUGAUACCCUCAAGCUUUGUGCUCACUCUGACGUCGAGCAUCCACGACAUCACGCGGUGAAUCGACAGGUGUUGUUCGGCGAUGGGAUCGUUCAAGAGACUCUGCUCGCAUGGGAGGCUUGCAGCAAUGAGAGCACUGGCUGUUAUCCGAGGAGCUGGUCCGGUUGCAAGGACCUCGACCAAGACCUCCGACUAACGGAAACCAACGGACUGACCUCUCCCAGACCCUCAAGCCCUCAACAAGACGCGAGGGCAGAGUUGGACUCCUCCUUGACCCCUCAGGGAUCAGCGUCAGACGCGCACGAUCGUCUCGGCGUGCUGCAGCUCUCGUCUUCGGUCUCGCUCCCAAGGGAGCACAGCGGGGCAGCAGCCCUUCUGCAAGAUCCCGUGUCGAACUGGAAUCUAGACAGCGAUGACAUUGCGAUAGAGCACAUGGCCUGGUCCACGGUAUCCUCAGCUGAGAUGCAGAACAAGGGAGAGACGAACAUGGGGGAGAGGUUGAGGUUUGUCGUCAAGUCCUCCGACCCUCUCGACCCCUGGAAUGAAUCCACGCGGUACUGUAGGGAUCAUGCGCCAGCUGACUCGGUAGACUUCAAGCACCAGAAGUGCCGGCAUGCCGAGGGCUGCUCGCGACAAGCGUCAUGGUCGGACCCUUGCCACCAGUCCCUGGGCUUCUGUGCACAGCACAAGCUGUCAGGAAGUUACCCCAAGUACGGGUACCUGCAGAUGAGGGCGGACGAGAAGGUUUUCCAAAACUGGACGUCGCUUGCAACUUUCCAGUCCCAGUCGGAGAGAAGAUCGAAGUCUCCUGACGAGAAGAGGAGGAGGUGCGAAUACCCUCUGGGCUGCAAGAAGAUUCCGGCCUUCGGUGAAGCAGGCGAUCGCCCAAGAUUUUGCGUGAUGCACAAAUGCAGCAAGCAUGUUCUUAUAAGAAAGCUCUGCAUGGUGGAGGGUUGUUGUACGCGAGCUGUCUUCGGGUUUCACAACCGCAACGGGGGACUCACCCACUGCGAGGCCCACAGGCGACCAGGGCAGAAGAAGAUAGCAAGCUAUGUCUGCAAGUCUCCUCUGUGCACGAAAGUCGCAAAAUUUGGGGAGGUAAAAGGGGAGAGAAGGUUCUGUGCCGAGCAUCGGGAGCCGCACCAUGUGGACUUGUUCAACAAGCACUGCAAGUUUCCAGACUGCAUGCGCAGGGCGAGCUUCGGGGACAAGGCAGAGCGAGUCCCCUUGUGGUGUGCAGCUCAUGCUGACAGGUCGACCAUGGUGGACGUUCGGCACUCCAAGUGCAUCGAGAAGGGAUGCAACUUGACGCCCUCCUUCGGCCUCCUCACGGACGGGCAGAUCUUGUACUGCUCAAAGCACAAGCACUCCGACUGCGUCAACUUGAGGCACCUCCAGACGCUGGCUAAGGGCAGCCUGCAGGCAGGGGGGGGGAGGAGGGCGAGGAGCAGCCUGAUGACUCUGUAA